UCGGUAAUGAACGUAACGCACUUGUUGCCUAGAAUACGCUUCGUGCGUUGCAUUAGAUCAUAGUAAGCGACGAAAGGUUUUCGACGGUAAUUUCGUUCAGUUCCUUAAGAAUAUAAUAUUUAAAUAUCGUAUAUAUAUAUAUAUAUAUACAAGUGAAUACAAAAUGAAGAAUAUGUGGAUAAUAUUUUUGAUUAUCGGUCUAAUCGUACUAUGCCUGCUGAUUCUGCUAAUUAUGGCAGCCCGUUAUCAGCGUGACUAUUGGCGUUACCUGGGCAUUCCACACGAAAGACCUAAAAAAUUAUGGGCCAUUAUCAAGCAAUUGGUGACGCAGUCUUUAAGUACUGAAACUAUGAAGGCGGCCCAUUACUCGACUCUCUAUACAAAAUUCAAAGGAAGUGGUCCAUUUUGCGGUUUCUAUGCCCUGUUGCAGCCACGAGCUUUAGUCUUGGAUCGUGAAUUGAUACGUCAGAUAAUGAUCAAGGAUUUCUGGAAUUUCAAUGAUCGUGGCAUGUAUUGCAAUGCCAAAUCGGAUCCAUUGUCGGCCGAUUUGUAUGGUUUGCGUGGUGAGAAUUGGAAGGAGAUGCGUCAGAAGUUAGAUCCCUCACUCGAGGGGGAUCGCAUGAGUAAGCUGUAUGGCAACCUGUACGAAGAGGCUGAGAAAUUAUUACUCACGGUGAGCGCAACACUAAUGAAACAACCGCAUUCGACACUUCAUAUACAAAAACUAAUGAGACGCUACAUCCUAUCGGCAUUGGGGAAUUGUGUUUUCGGCUUGGAUGCCCAGCAGCGGCAGAAAUACGAUCUGGAUCAAUUCGAACAAAUGACAGAAUUGGCAUUGAGUAAACGUAAACAUGGCUAUCUAAUGAACCUGAUGAUGAUACGUUUUCCAAAUUUCUGUCGUAUUUUGAGAAUGCGUUUGACACCCAAAGAGGCAGAGACUUACUUUCUCAAUUUACUUAAAGAUAUUGUGGAACAACGUGAACAUUCUGGUGUACGUCGUCAGGAUUAUUUACAACUUCUACUGGACAUCAAAGCCUUAGAGUUGACCACUCACACUUAUGAGACGGACAAAGAUUUGACGGCUCAUUUGCAAAAUGAAUUGGCAGCUCAUGCGUUUGUGUUUCUAAAAGCAGGCUAUGAGCAAACAGCCAACACUUUAUCCUACGUCCUUUACGAGUUGUCACUCAAUACUCAUGUGCAGACAAAAGUGCGAGAGGAACUCAAAUUAGCCCUGCAGAAGAAUCAACAAAAUCUCAACUAUGAGUGCAUACAGUCUCUGACUUAUAUGAAUCAAGUGAUAUUGGAAACCCUGCGAAUGCAUCCCAUUACACCCUAUAUACUAAGACGUACACUGCAAGACUAUCCAGUGCCAGACCAUCCCAAAUAUGUGCUGUUCAAGGAGCUAUUUGUUAUUAUACCCACUCAUGCCAUACACCGCGAUCCAGAUAUUUACAGCCAGCCGGAUGAUUUUCAACCAGAACGUUGGGGUGGACCGCGAGAUUCGCUGCGGGAGCAAGGCACUUGGUUUGGCUUCGGUGUGGGGGCUCGCAAUUGCAUUGGCAUACAUUUUGCCCAAUUGCAAAUACGUCUGGCCCUUGCCCUGCUUCUAAUGGAGUAUGAAUUCACAUUGAAUUCGCGUAAACCUCUGCUAACCAUCGAGGAUGGCAUAGCCUUACAAUUGAUACCGCUGGGUGUCAUCGAGCCAGGCAAUGAGGAGAGAGCUGUCUAAGCAAAUUAGUCAAUGAAUUUACACAAACUGAACAAAAAUCAAAACAAAUGAAUGGAAUGUAAAAGCAAUCAAAUCGAAAAUAGGUGAAUACACACACACACUCAGUAUGAAUAAU